AUGGAGGGGGAGAGCAGACAGCUCAAGGCUGACGAGGCUGCUGGUGGAUGUGAGGAUUGUGUCAUCAUCAGUGGGAACUGCAGUGACCAGUCCUCAGACGCCAAGAAUGUUCCCUUCACCCAAGUCAUGGAGGCAAUCUGCACAGUGAAGCGUGAAGGCUGCAGAGCAAACUCACGGCCAUCCAAGAGGAAGGUCUCCAGCACGAUUGCUUACAUCCAGGACCUGACUGAAGAUGGAGAUGAAGGUAGAGGUGGCGAGGCGGAGGACAGCAGUGGCUCUGGCUCUCCGGUGACGCCCACACUCUCCUGGGGGACCAGCGCACCCUCUAAUACCUCAGCAUCCCUGAGUUGGCAAGCAACCACUUCAGCAAGCACACCAUGGCUGUCCCCUGCCAGCCCUUACCCCACCAUUGACCUCACAGAUGAAGAAGUGACACCCUGGAGCAUCAGUUCCCCACUGGUUGAGCUGAGCCAGGACAGUCACCAGGAGGGCAUGGACACUACCCAGGUGGAUAUGGAAAGCAGAGAAGGAGCCAACACUGAGUAUCAGGUUCCUUGGUCUCUGCUGACAAACGGUGGCCCUUGGCUGUUCAGAUAGCAUUUUAACCUGGCUACCUUCAAUAAGCUGAUUUCUCUGGUUUCUCACAGGAAGGCCGUAUACCAUACUCUGCAGAGAGCCAGGGUGCGAGCUGGCAAGACCUUCCCCAGCAGCCCGGGAGACUCACUGGAGGACCAGCUGAAGCCCAUGCUGGAAUGGGCCCAUGGGGGCUUCAAGCCCAUUGACAUCGAGGGCCUCAAACCCAACAACAAGCAACCAGAGAACAAAAGUCGAAGACGCACAACUACCGACUCUGCCUCUGCUGAGUACUGUCCCCCACCCAAGCGCCUCAAGACCAAUAGCUAUGGCGGGAAAGACCGAGGGGAGGAUGAUGAGAGCCGAGAACGGAUGGCUUCUGAUGUCGCCAACAACAAAGGCAAUCUGGAAGACCACUGUUUGUCCUGUGGUAGGAAGAACCCUGUGUCCUUCCACCCCCUCUUUGAGGGUGGGCUCUGUCAGAGUUGCCGGGACCGCUUCCUGGAGCUCUUCUACAUGUACGAUGAGGACGGCUAUCAGUCCUACUGCACCGUGUGCUGCGAGGGCCGCGAGCUGCUUCUGUGCAGCAACACAAGCUGCUGUAGGUGCUUCUGUGUGGAGUGUCUGGAGGUGCUGGUGGGUACAGGGACAGCUGAGGAUGCCAAGCUGCAGGAACCCUGGAGCUGCUAUAUGUGCCUCCCACAGCGCUGCCAUGGGGUCCUCAGGCGCAGGAAGGAUUGGAACACGCGCCUGCAAGACUUCUUCACUACUGACCCUGACCUCGAGGAAUUUGAGCCACCCAAGGUAUUCCCAGCAAUUCCUGCAGCCAGGAGGAGACCCAUUAGAGUCCUGUCCCUGUUUGAUGGAAUUGCGACAGGGUACUUGGUGCUCAAAGACUUGGGUAUCAAAGUGGAAAAGUACGUUGCCUCCGAAGUCUGUGCCGAGUCCAUCGCCGUGGGCACCAUUAAGCAUGAAGGCCAAAUCAAAUACGUGGAUGACGUCAGGAACAUCACAAAGGGAAAUAUUGAUGAGUGGGGCCCAUUCGACUUGGUGAUUGGUGCAAGCCCUUGCAAUGACCUCUCUUGUGUGAACCCUGUCCGCAAAGGCCUGUUUGAGGGCACUGGCCGACUCUUCUUUGAGUUUUAUCGAUUGCUAAACCACUCACGCCCUGAGGAGUGUGAUGACCGUCCAUUCUUCUGGAUGUUUGAGAAUGUGGUAGCCAUGGAGGUUGGUGACAAGUGGGACAUCUCACAAUUCCUGGAGGUUUUGGCUGUUUCCAGGCCUGUGAUACCUUCCAAGAAUGAUAAGCUCGAGCUGCAGGACUGCCUGGAGUUCAGUAGGACAGCAAAGUUAAAGAAAGUACAGACAAUAACCACCAAGUCGAACUCCAUCAGACAGGGGAAAAACCAGCUUUUCCCUGUAGUGAUGAAUGGCCAGGACGAUGACCUGUGGUGUACUGAGCUCGAAAGGAUCUUCGGCUUUCCUGCACACUACACAGACGUGUCCAACAUGGGCCGUGGUGCCCGCCAGAAGCUGCUGGGAAGGUCCUGGAGUGUGCCAGUCAUCAGACACCUCUUUGCCCCCUUGAAGGACUACUUUGCAUGUGAAUAG